AUGGAGUGGAAGAACAAGUCAAAACAAUCCAUAAGUAAAUUGAUAUUGGAUGAAGAAGACGGCGCCAUGAAGCCAACAUUCAGCACCGUUUCUAGUGACUGGAUCCGAGUAGCAAUUGGAAAGAAUGGAUUUGUAGAAGCAUUACACGAAUUACUUGGUGUAAAACUCAAGACUUCUAUCAUUUCAUUAGAUAGUUCAAAGUCAACAAGUGUUAAGUUUAGAAUUAUCAACAAACUUCAAUAUGAGCCAUUUUUGGAGGAAAACGAACGGAGAGUAUCGGACAUAAUUCAAAUUUAUCCAAAGGAGUUUGUGUUCGAACCUUCUGCUGAGCUUGUAUUAAGACUGCCGAACUGUGUGGCUCCAAAAUCUUGUGGUCAACUGGUUUGCCUUUAUUGCAGUAAUGUUUGGGUGAGACAUGGUAUAAAGCAUCUCAAAUGGAAACCUCUUGACUCGUUCUGCUUUCGUGUAAAUGCAGAGAGAACUGAAGCAAGAAUCAUAUGCAGGAAAAGCGGACUGUAUACGAUCAAAAUGACUCAGCAUCCCCAGACAACGAAAAAUCUGGAUCCAUACACUGACUGCGAGGUAGAACUAAAGGAAUACCCAGGAAUUCAAAUCAAGUUCCCCGCUGGUUGUGUGUCCCGAAAGACACCUGUCACAUUAGAAACAAUUUGCACAGAUGAGUUGUACAAUCUACCAAAACCAGUCCCAACUUCAUCUAAGUCACACAGCACGUGGAUUAUACCUCAGAAGUGUGAUCCAGGGGACCACGACGAAAGUAACUUAGUGGAUAUUACUUCCAGCCCAGUUGUUCUCGUUCGCCCGUCAAAGUUUCGUUUCACAAAGCCUAUUCAACUUACCCUACCUUUGUUGGGAGAUGGUUUUGAAGAUUUCUUUUCCAGGGAGAACGCGAGGAUAGCUGUUUUGCAGAGCAAAGUUUUGGAUGAGGAUAGGGUUUUAUGGAAACAUCAUUACAGCACACCCGAGAUUAAAACUGCUGCAAACGGUUUCAAGAUUGCUUCAUUUCUAAUCACAAGAGGAGGACUUUAUAAGCUUGUUCGACGAAUAUCCAACAACAACCCACGCUACGUUGAACAAAUAGCAGGCUGCAUUUCAAGAGAACUCCAUUAUUCCGACAAUGACAACAACAACUUCGUCACCUCUUCUCUUCGAGGCCUUAUGACCGAGGUUGCAGAGCCUGGGAAACAGUUUGUCCUGAGAGUGGCUCUCUUUGACGAUUCUCAACCGAGAAAUCCCGACAAAUGCUUCAUUUCUGAGGUCUGCUCGCAGCCGCUGACCCUACCCCUUGGUAAGAUUCGAUUCCUUGUGCGAGGGAGCUUUGCACCUGACAGGGAUGCCGCCGACCAUACCGAAGAGCGAAUUGUCAUGUUCACGGGAAAAACGACGUUUGUCGAUUUCUAUUUGAAAUUUAGGCUCAGUGAUCCCACAAAGCUUCCUGAUUCUAUCGGAAAGGUGUCAGUUCACGGAGCUGGAGAUGUGCAGUUCUUCAUCAACCUGCACAAACCAACACAGAUAGAGGAACUAGAUCCUAAUGGAAAUCCGGCGAGAAUACAAGAAAAAAGAAAACAACCUAAGCAAUUACGAAAACGUCAAACUGUGGCAGAAUUCAGAUCUUUAAGAGAGACAACCAUUCAAGAAGAUGACGAGGUUUCUUCUUCUCCUGAUACCAGUUUGAAAGCUCGCCAUUCUUUUCCAACUUUCUCCCAACCAGUUCUCAACUCUGCGAUAUGCACGAAUUCUGCACAGAGUACAGAAACUCUUCCGGAAAUUUCAUGUGAUCCAUUGACACCAUCCCGCGCCACUAUAUUUCAAACGGAUGAGUUGGAGCAGGACUGGGGAGAGCUCAGAUAACUUUUGUUAGAACAUAAUACUCCUUUACAUGCACAGAUGGUUAGAAGUGGAAUUAUAAUUCAACUUUGAGAACCUCAAGAUCUCUCCGACAAACACCGUGCUUUUCGAAUAUGAUAAACAUAAACUUUUUCUGGUAUGGUAUGUACCAUCUGAAACAGUUGAUUUCUAUAGAUUUAAGUUUCAGAACGUGAUCAGCUUUAGUAAUUUAAUUCGAGCCUGAGAUGUUCUAUCUUCUGCCAAAGAGAAUUUUUUUUGGUUACCAAUCGACCGUUCAUCGUGCAUAUACAUCAAUUUCAGACAGAAGCACGAUUUACUGUCGGAGUUUUGUCAUCUUAUUACAUUUCAUGAGAAAACUCACCAAUACCUUCGCGCGCGCAUAAACCUCACCAAGUCCACGCGCGCUUAUUCGAACUUUGUGACGUUUUCUCGCCUCGCGCGGCUCCAUAAAAACGAUUUUCAGUAGAAAUGGAAGACGAGAUAUAAACA